UACCCCCCCACAGCUCUCCAUCAGUCUCUCGCUCUCAAGCGUGCUCUCUCUCUCUCUUAAUCAUAAACACCGAGUAGGCGAGUACCGAUCUGCGGCGAGAUAUGGGGCCAGCGAAGGCGGCGUCCCGUACAAUAUCGCAGCAAGCGUUCGACGAAAUGGUGCAAGAAAACAUAGAUGACCUCGGCAUGGACCCCACCGAAGCUCUCGAGGACGCCAUACAGACCCUCACUCUUCAAGGCGUCGAUCUCUCUGGUAUUGUGACUUGCGUUCCGGGAGAAAGCAAUCCGGUGAUGGAGUGUUUGGGAAAAUUGAGAGAGGAGAAGACAUUGCCGGAAAUUGUGGAGUUGUUAGAUGAAUUGAGUGUCUUGUGCUGUGAUAAAGCAUCGGGGAACGCGGCCAUUGCGACAAAAAAUGGAGCUGUAGAAUUGGUGAUUUCUAUUUGUUCAAAGCUGCGCGGUGGGGGUUUAGCUUCUGCAUUAAAUGCCAUGGCUGCAGUAGUUCAUGAUCUUCAAAGUUCUGAAACAUUUAAGGAGAAUGGUGGACCAAAGAUUGUUGUCGGUAUCCUGACCAAUGAAAGUGAAGAUGGGAAGAUCUUGGAUGCAUGUUUUUCAGUUGUUGCUGCAGCUGCAACUGGGAAUGAAGUUCUGAAGGAGUCAUUCAUGGACUUGAAAAUUGAUGAGCUAAUAGUCAAGAGUCUGAAAGAACACAAUGGAGAGAGCAUUCCUAGCAUAUAUGAUGCUAUACGAGUUAUCUUAUCAUCUGAUGACAAUCGUGUUGUAGCCUCACAAGUUUUUGGUUAUGCUCGGAAAUUCGCUAAGCUAGGAAUAACAGAGAUUCUUGUAGACUCACUUCGUGCAGGACUCAGUUCUCCUUGUCUAAUAUCAGCUAGCAUUGCUUUGAAGGCGGUGGCUGUCAAUGACGAGAUUUGCAGGUCAAUUGCUCAUAAUGGGGGUAUAGAUGUGAUCCUCCGCUGCGUUGAUGAUAGUGGCGUACAGGGCAACAGUGCUGUGGCAAGAACUUGCUGCUCUUUGUUGUCUAAGCUUGCAGGAAGUGAUGUGAAUAAGACUACUAUUGUUGAAAUGAAAGGCAUGGAUAGGCUUGUAAAUCUUUCAGCAAGAUUUGCUGACGAUCCUUUGGUGCUGCAAGAGGUGAUGUCGAUUAUAUGCACGCUUUGUUUGAGGUCCCCUGAGAACGCAGCCCGUGCAAUUGAAUCUGGAGCUGGGGACCUUGCCAUUCAAGCUAUGCAAAAGUUUCCACAGUUGGAUCAACUGCAAAGAAGCUCUUGUUUCAUGAUCAGGAAUCUUGUGGUUAGAAAUCCAGAAAAUAGAAAACUUCUGCUGAGUAAUGGCAUCGAGGAACUAAUCAGAAGGGCAAAGCAAAGCCACAAGAACUGCAAAGAUGCAGCCACUGAUGCAUUAAGGGAUUUAGGAGUGGAUAAUUAUAACUCAUGAGCACACCAACCACCACAUUUCAUUUUGAAGCCGGGUUAGGUUGUGUGCCCUCAGAAGGGGAAAAAGAAAAAAAAGGAAGAAGAAGAAAGAAACAGGAUUUCAGCGUCAGGGACGGAAUCAUGUUGUUGUAUUGAUUGAUGUCUUGCAUUGGAUGGUGAGUAAUGUAUUGAAUGGGUGUUAGUGUAUGUUGUCGUCAAUCAUCACUUUGUAACACAUCAAUGUACGUUAAUGGAGGGUACUAAUCUGUAAUCCCAUAAUGCAUUGUCCAUAUGUUCCACGACAA